AUGGUGGCUCUCGAGAACCCCGACGGCGGCCCAGCGACGGCCGCGGGGACGCCGGGCGGCCGGAGCGCGCUGCCCCUUCCAGGCUGCCUGCCCCCGCUAGCGGGCUCUCAAGUAAAGAGACUCUCGGCUUCCAGACGCAAGCAACACUUUAUCAAUCAGGCUGUGCGGAACUCCGACUUGGUGCCCAAGGCCAAGGGACGGAAGAGCCUGCAGCGCUUGGAGAACACCCAAUAUCUUCUGACCCUGCUGGAGACAAACGGGGGUCCGCCUGGUGUGGAGGAUGUGGAUCUGACGCCCCCUGCGGCACCUGGCAUCUUUGCAGAAGCCUGCAGCAAUGCCACCUAUGUGGAGGUCUGGAAUGACUUCAUGAACCGCUCGGGCGAGGAGCAGGAGCGAGUGCUCCGCUACCUGGAGGACCAUGGAGGCCACAGCAAGGCGCGGCGGCGGGGCCCUGGCCGCGGGGAGGACCGGCGGCGAGAGGACCCAGCCUUCACGCCCCGAGACUGCUUCCAGCGCAUCAGUCGGCGCCUGCGCUCCGUGCUCAAACGCAGCCGCAUUCCCAUGGAAACCCUGGAGAGCUGGGAGGAGAGGCUGCUCAGAUUCUUCUCUGUGUCCCCUCAGGCUGUGUACACAGCCAUGCUGGACAACAGCUUCGAGCGGCUGCUGCUCCACGCUGUGUGCCAGUACAUGGACCUUAUCUCAGCCAGUGCUGACCUGGAAGGCCACCGACAGAUGAAGGUCAGCAACCGCCACAUGGACUUCCUUCCACCGGAGCUGCUCCUGUCUGCUUACCUGGAGCAGCAAUGAUGGUGGCAUCCUAAUGCCCCUCUUGCCACCUCGCCUGGCCCCAGACAUCCAGUAUCUGCUAACAGAUCUUCCGUAUUUUUAGAAUUUGUCCUUGGAAACCCAUUCUUUCCCUCGGGGAUCUCUCUUGUCACCUUUCUCUCACUGUUCUGUUCUCAUAGGUUAGUGUUCUGUGGCAGGGAGGCUACCCAGACCAUCCCAAUUCUACCUCCCUACUUCUUGGACUUGUAUUUGGGUGGGGAGACCUGACCUGAACAUUUGUGUGGUUUUUUUCAUUUAGCUUUCUUGGGGCCUAGUCUGAACCUCAGGCGAGGAGGGACAGGCUAGGUUUUUAUCACUUUUAAUGAACUUGACAUGUUUUGUCAUAAAUUUUUUAAAAUUUUCCCUUUGAAGCCAGGCAUGGUGGUGCACCCUUGCCUUUAAUCCCAGCACUUGGGAGGGAGAGGUAGGAGGAUCACCGUGAGUUUGAGGCCACCCUGAGACUACAUA